AUGUCCUGCCAGCAGAACCAGCAGCAGUGCCAGCCCCCUCCCAAGUGUUGUCCUCCCAAGUGCCCCCCUGUGUCUUCCUGCUGUAGCCUGGGCUCUGGGGGCUGCUGUGGCUCCAGCUCUGGGGGCUGCUGCAGCUCUGGGGGUGGUGGCUGCUGCCUGAGCCACCACAGACCCCGCAGAUCUCUCCGUCGCCAUCGUCACAGCUCUGGAUGCUGUAGCAGUGGUGGCAGCAGUGGCUGCUGUGGCAGCAGUGGAGGCAGCAGUGGCUGCUGUAGCAGUGGUGGCAGCAGUGGCUGCUGUGGCAGCAGUGGAGGCAGCAGCUGUGGCAGUAGCCAGCAGUCUGGGGGCUGCUGCUGA